AUGGGGGUUGAGAAAACAUGUCUGCUUGGCAACGCAAAUCACCUCCUGAUCGUCAAAUUUGGAAGGAGAACUAAGGAGCUCAUCAACACCGUGUCCCCUGUCCUCACGCCCGACCUGUUCAAGGAGAUCAACAGCCUUCUGAGUAACACCAGCGACCUUCUAACCCCUUCGUCUGUAAAGGGGAUCAGCAGCCUGCUAAUUAAUGCCGGUGGUCUACUGACCGUCGGCUUUAUCAAAGAGACCAAGAGUCUUAUCAGCGCUAUUGGUCCUAAUAUCACACCUGAGCUAUUUGAGGAGAUCCAUAGCGCCCUUGGCAACGCUAACAAACUCCAGACUCCCUUAACUGUUAAGGAGAUUAGUGGCCUGCAAUCAGUGGCCUUCUCAAAAAUUGCCAAUAGCCUCCUGUCCACCGAUUCUGCCAAGGAGAUCGGUGGUCUCGUCAUCAGUGCCAGCAGCCUCUUGACGCCUAGCUUCGUGAACGAGACCCAAGGCCUGAUUGGCAGCGUUUCGAAGUACUUGAUCCCAAAAACCCUCGCGCGUCUCGUCCCUCUCUGCUCUCCAACGCCAACAACCGCUUGA